ACUGACUGAGAGGCUGACGUGCACAAUGCCCCCUCCCUCCUCUUGGUAAUUGGAGCAUACGCACCAGCUGGCCUGGCCAGCCUGACUGACAGACAACAACAGUCCAAAGUGACUAAAGCAAAACUCAGCGUUACAAAGUUCCAACACGGAGAGGCAAAAGAAGACGUUUCAGAGGCUGGAUUAACCAAUUUGAGGAUCUGUUUGGAGAAAGAGGGGUAACCUUCAAAGAGGGGGUCAACAUGAAAAGUCUAGAGAUGUUCUUCCUGGCCUGUUGCAUGUGUAGCCUUAGCACUUUGGGAGGUGCUGCUGAAAUAGAGCAGACUCUGAUGAGAGAACUCUUUUCUGGAUACAACCUGAAGGUCCGACCAGCACGCACCCCAGAAGAAAGGGUGGUGGUCCGUGUGGGCAUGAUACUCUCUUCUUUUGUUGGACUGAAUAUGAAAAAUGAAGAAAUGAGCACUGUUGUUGUGAUGAAUCUGGAAUGGACAGACUACCGGUUGGCAUGGAAACCGAAGCAGUAUGAUGGGAUUGAGGUGUUACGUAUCCCCUCUGGGAAGAUGUGGCUUCCUGAUAUUGUCCUCAUUAACAACAAUAACGGAGUGUUUGAUGUGGCCCUGCAUGUCCAUGUCCAGGUUUACAGCAGUGGCAGGGUAACCUGGACACCCCCUGCUCUCUACUACAGCUCCUGUGGAGUCAAGGUCACAUAUUUCCCAUUUGACUGGCAGAACUGCACCAUGCAGUUCCGCUCCUACACAUAUGACUCAACAGAGAUUGACCUGCAGUACGCACUGGACUCAAGAGGCAAUGAAAUCCGGGAGAUCCAAUUAGAUGAGGCCUUCAGCGAGAGUGGUGAGUGGCACAUCAGACACAAGCCAAGCAGGAAGAACAUUAACGAUGACCUGUAUGAAGAUAUGACAUUUUACUUGAUCAUCGAGAGGAAACCUCUGUACUAUAUCAUCAACAUCAUCAUCCCGUGUAUCCUCAUCACCAUUAUUGCCAUCUUUAACUUCUACCUACCUCCUGAUGCAGGUGAGAAGAUGGGUCUGUCUAUUAAUGUGCUUCUGACCCUCACCGUCUUCCUCCUGCUGCUGGCUGAUAAGAUCCCUGAGACCUCACUGGGUGUCCCAAUCAUCGUCAACUACAUCAUGUUCACUAUGAUCCUGGUAACCUUCUCUGUCAUCCUGAGUGUGGUGGUCCUCAACCUGCACCACCGCUCCUCCAACACACACAAGAUGCCCAUGUGGGUUCGCAAGAUCUUCAUCCACAUGCUGCCCUCUUACCUGUGCAUGCUGCGACCGAAGGUGGAGACUCCCCUGUACCUUGAGGUCCUUCCCCGCCGGGAGAAAAAGAUGGUCGCCAUCAGCAAAGUUGCUGAUGAAUACUUCAUCAGAAAACCUGAUUCCUCCAUAUUGUUCCCCAAGCCUAAUAGAUUCCAGCCUGAUGGCAUGUGGACAGAUCUGAAAAAGUUCAUUGAUGGGCCCAGCACUUACCUUUCACUGCCGGACGAGCUCAAGUCAGCCAUGGAUGCAAUCACAUACAUCGCUGAGGCUCUUCAGGCUGAAAAAGACUAUGAAGCUUUAAAAGAGGACUGGCAGUAUGUGGCCAUGGUAGUGGACCGCAUGUUCCUGUGGAUCUUUGUUGUGUUCACUACCGUAGGAACUCUGGCCAUCUUUGCAGAGGCUAAGUGGCCGUUGGCUGGCCUUGGCGGUACUGGAAACGUGCAAAAAAAUGUUAUAACUGUCAUUGUGGGACAAAUGAAGAUGAAACCACCCACAAGUGUGAGGAUGAAUGCUCUUUUCAUCAUGUGCGGCUGUCUUUGUUUCACUUUAACAGGAGCCUCAGAGACAGAGCGAAAGCUCCAUCAGAAAUUAUUCCAGAACUACAACAUGAAAGUCAGACCAGCUCGUUACUGGGAAGACAAGGUGAUGGUUCGGGUGGGGAUGACCCUCUCCCAGCUUAAUGAAAAGAAUGGCGAGAUGACAACUAACGUUUUCAUGAAUCUGGCAUGGACGGACUACAGGUUAUCAUGGACACCUGCAGAAUAUGACAACAUUGAUGUUUUGAGAAUUCCUCCCAACAAGGUGUGGCGCCCUGACAUCUAUCUCAUUAACAAUAAUGACGGGCAGUUUGACGUGGCUUUGUACGUCAACGUGCUGGUUUACAGUGAUGGGACAAUCAACUGGCUUCCACCGGCCAUCUACCGCAGCUCCUGCUCCAUAGAGGUGGCAUAUUUCCCAUUUGACUGGCAGAACUGCAGCAUGGUUUUUCGCUCAUACACUUAUGAUGCCUCUGAGGUCGAUCUGCAGUACUUUCUGGAUGAUGACGGCAAAGAGAUCCAGGAGAUUGUCAUUGAUGAGAACGCUUUCACUGAAAAUGGAGAGUGGGCCAUCUGUCACAAGCCUUCAAGAAAGAAUGUAAAGGAUGACCUAUAUGAGGACAUCACAUUCUAUCUCAUCAUAGAGAGGAAGCCUCUUUUCUAUAUCAUCAACAUCAUCGUGCCCUGCAUCCUCACCAGUGUGUUAGCUAUAUUUGUCUUCUACCUGCCUCCCGGAGCAGGAGAGAAGAUGACUCUUUCCAUUUCUGUCCUCAUCGCUCUCACUGUCUUCAUGCUGCUGCUGGCUGACAAAGUUCCAGAGACGUCACUUGGCAUCCCAAUGAUCGUCAAUUAUGUCAUGUUCACCAUGAUCCUGGUUACGUUCUCUGUUAUCCUGGGCGUGGUCGUUCUCAACUUGCAUCACCGAACAUCCAGCACGCACAUCAUGCCAAACUGGGUUCGAAAGGUGUUCAUUGACAUCCUCCCAAAAUACAUUGGCAUGACGAGACCAAAGCAAGAGGAGCCUCUGUUGGAGGAGGAGUCUUCUGAAGACAGUUGCCCGAUUCAGGGUUUCAGUGGGCGACAGCCGGCAGGAGAGUACUUCAUUCGAAAGAUCAACCCUGAUCUUGUUUUACCGUGGCGAGGCAGGUGUGAAAGCACCGUGCAGCUCCAGCGGCUCCCGAACACUGACAGCUACUGUCUGAUCCUCCCCCCCAACCUGAAGUCAGCCAUCGCUGCCGUUACAUACAUGGCCGAGCAGCUGAAGAAGCAGGACACGGACGACACUAUGACGGGGGACUGGCAGUUCAUCGCCCUGGUGGUGGACCGUCUCUUCUUGUGGUUGUUUGUCAUCAUCACCACCCUGGGAACCCUGGCCAUGUUCUUGGAUGCCAGCUUCAACUACACACCUGACAACCCCUUCCCAUAGAGGACAAUACAAUACAAUACACCCCCACUCUCCCGCAGACAGAGCUCAACAUGUUCAGCACUCACCACUUCUAUUUAUUCCUGGGGCUUUUCACGGCCCCUAGAUGAUUCCCAUGAUCAAGUAUUCCACGUGGCUGUGAUUUUGUAAGGUCAGCUCUACCUAAAUAUGAAGGGCCCACACCUGACUUCCAGCUUGCAUCAUGAAAGAACCCACAUCUGAUUUAUUAAACAGUCAGUGGUUUGGAAUUAUAUGUAUAUUUUUUAUAAUGAAUUAAUCUGAUUUAAUACCACCAUCUGUGUUGAGUAUGUGUUUGACUCUCUGUUGCCCGCUGUGAUCCAGUUCCCCCCCCACUCAGUGGCUGUAGUGUAGAUUAUUGUUCAGUAGAUGGCAGUGACUUAAUGUCAAGUUACAAAGUUAACCGUUCAAAGAAGAGUUUUUAAAGAAGGCAUGAUCUUUUUGUCAACAUGUGUAACUAAAAGUUUAUUCUUCCUCUUUUUUUAAGCAUUUGUGAUUGGAGUUGACAUUCCUUUACCAUGAUUGUACUCUCCCAAAUUCUAAUGGAGUGUAUGUGUUUGAUUUUAACAACGUGAGGAAGUAAACAAACUGAAAUGCAAAGUAUAGCCUGAAUAAACUUUAAGGUAAAAACUUUAGUGGCUACAACAGUGGAUGCAAAGCGAUAGGGAAAAAGCCACUCUGUUGAAUUGUUACCCUCUUUAUAAGUUUAUCUGGCAUUUCACUGUUACAUUGGAGCUCAACAAUGUGAAGCAUGAAUGCUGCAGCGAAUGUGAAGCUGUGCUCAUUGAGCUCCAACCAUCUAAACAUGUUUCGGAACAGCAUGUAGCUUUUUCAAAGGGCAGAAAUUGUUGUUGAGAGGAAAAUGAAAAGAGUGAGUCCACAAGACCAAGCAAGAACACUAUACAUUGGA